AUGCGGUCGAUGAAUACAUGCAUCAAGAUAGGAAGUACUACGGCAUUAGAGUGUUUGUGUAGAUUCUGCAAGGGAAUCAUACAAUUGUAUGAGCAAGUGUAUCUCAGAGCCCCAACUCAAGAUGACUUGCAAAGGAUAUUGCAAGUUAGUGAAAAGCGGGGGUUUCCAGGGAUGAUUGGAAGUAUUGAUUGUAUGCAUUGGGAAUGGAAAAAUUGCCCUACAGCAUGGGAAGGCCAAUUUACCCGAGGAGAUAAAGGAACCACCACUGUUAUUCUUGAAGCAGUUGCAUCUCAUGAUCUAUGGAUCUGGCAUGCUUUUUUCGGAUGUCCGGGUACUUUGAAUGAUAUAAACGUUCUAGAUCGUUCACCGCUGUUCGAUGAUGAUGAACAAGGAAAUGCUCCGAAAGUGAACUCCUUCGUGAACCAGCGUCCAUAUGAUAUGGCAUACUAUCUAGCUGAUGGUAUCUACCCUGCCUAUCCGACUUUCGUCAAAACGGUUAGACUUCCUCAAAGUGAACCAGACAAGUUAUUUGCAAAAUAUCAUGAGGGAUAUCGAAAGGACAUCGAACGUGUUUUUGGAGUGUUGCAAGCUCGAUUUCAAAUCAUUCGCGAACCAGCUCGCAUGUGGGACAUAGCUGAUUUGCAAAUCAUCAUGAGGACAUGUAUCAUAUUGCAUAAUAUGAUUGUGGAGGAUGAACGAGAUUCGUAUGCUCAAAACUGGACUGUGAUUGAUUAUGAUCAAUCAGAGGCAAGUGGAUCUAAUACAACGCAACAAUUUUCAACUGAAGUGUUGCAUGCAUUUGAAAAUCAUGUGCGCACUAGAUCAGAGUUGCGUGAUUCAAGUAUACAUCACGAACUGCAAGCCGAUCUAGUCGAACACAUAUGGGCAAAAUUUGGAAUGUUUCAUGUUUAA